UCUACAACUUGCAGCACCUAAUCAGUUAGUUGUGCUCAGCGCCUCGAUGCAAUAAGGAUUCGGGUCGUCCGCAAAUUUUCAAAUUGUUUAAAAUUUUAUAAGCGCAAGAAACAUAACAAAAUCAAAACUAUUAUUAAUACAAAUUACCAAUACGCGACGAAAUACGAAUUGAAGCUGAAACCAAUGUUAAAUAAAAAAUAAAAAACAAUGAUAUUUUCAGUGUAUGUGACGAAAACUAAUGCUGUGCGUGUUAUUAAUUGUUGAUGAAUAUAGUUUUCGUAAAAAUUUAUUCGAACUAUUGGAAAACUGCAACAAAUAAGAACGUGCUUUCAAUUUGUGCUCAUGCGUAAUUUCCGAAACAGAUAUUGUAUAGAGGCUAAAAAGUGGCGCGUGCCAUACGUGGUGUAAAAAUCGUAUUGAUGCGGGGUGAAUUGGUUGUUGCAAAAGCCCCACAUCACGCUGUUCUCCGAAAAAAAAAUAAAUAUUAAUUUCAACUAAACUUUUACAAUUAUAAAAAUAAAAAUAGUGUUGAAUGCAUAAGUAUCACUUUCUGGGAGUAUACAAAUAGAAGCCACCGCCAGCCGUAGAGUUUUACAGGCUGCAUAUCUCAUACAGUAAGAUUGAAUACACGCAGUGAUAUUUUGGCGACAAUAUGCAGAAUUGGGACACCAUACAGGCUACAUCGGCCAACUACGAACAGCACAACACAUGGUACAGCAAUAUGUUUGCCAAUGCAAAUAUUAAAACAGAGCCAGGCACUACAAGUCCAUCAUUGGAAGAAGAUUUGAAGUCGCCAGAAUCCGGUGUGGAUGUCAUUUCACGUUUGGAAAAUUAUUUAAAACAACAUCCGCAAAAUUCACAUCAAAUAUCCAACAUGGACACGCUGUCAGCGCUGACGCCGUCGCCCAGCAACACAGAAACAAUGCAACAUUUAUAUGAUGGCAGUCUGCAGCAACAGUUGUUGCAGCAGAAGCAUUAUCAACAGCAUUUCCAACAAGCGCAGCAAGCAGCCGCACACAAUCAAGUUACGUCCUCGAAUUUACCACUUGGUUUCAAUCCACUCACACCGCCCGGAUUACCAUCAGCGGUUAUACCUUCCAUAUCCCAAUAUUAUCAUCAUCUGCCGCAAAGUAAUAUGCGUACGGAACCACAAACCCCCAGUCCUUUACCGCAUCAGCCCCAUAUGGCAACGCCAAUGGACUCAAGUGAGAAACUACAAACCGCGUUAACACCACGCAAUACACCACCAAUGGAUAUUACGCCGCCGAAAUCGCCAAAAGCGCAAAGUGCUGUUUGCUCCGAAAAGGAGCAGGAUGUGCAAUCGAAUUCUAGUGAUGAUAUGAAGUAUGCAGGCGAAUCGGGGGACGAUGAAUCCAUUCGGUUCCCACUUUACAAUUCGCAUGGUAAAAUGAAAAACUACAAGUGCAAGACAUGCAGUGCAGUGUGGGUAACAAAGAUUCAAUUUUGGGAUCAUGCGCGUACGCAUAUGAAACCCGAGAAGAUUCUGCAAUGUCCCAAAUGCCCCUUUGUGACGGAGUUGAAGCAUCACCUCGAAUAUCAUAUACGCAAACACAAAAAUCUGAAACCCUUUCAAUGCGAUAAAUGCUCGUAUACCUGCGUUAACAAAUCGAUGUUGAAUUCGCAUCGCAAGUCGCACUCUUCCGUAUAUCAGUACCGUUGCGCCGAUUGCGAUUACGCUACCAAAUAUUGUCAUUCUUUCAAAUUACAUCUCCGCAAAUAUGAGCACAAGCCAGGUUUAGUGCUGGAUGAGGAGGGUAUCCCAAAUCCAUCGGUAGUUAUUGAUGUGUAUGGCACACGGCGUGGCCCUAAAUCAAAGUCCACAUCAACGACCAGCAAACGAAACAACAAUGCUAACAGUAGCAACGCUAAUGAUCGCUUGACAGUAAAAUCCCUACAAAAUCAAAAAAAUAGUACAGAUUUUAAACUGAGCGCAGCGCAGCUUUCGACUGCAUUACAAUCUUUCUCGUUACCAACGCAACACCAUCAGAUGCCUGUGUCACCAGCAAAGAGUCCGAGCUCAAUAUCAGAGCUGUCUUCACAUUCACAGGGUUUGUCUCAACAGCAACAACAACAAGCGCAGCAGUUGUCUCAGAAUAUGCAACGCAUGCAAACAACGCUUCAACAGCAAAAUCAGAACCUGCCGAACGAAAAUACCCCAACAUCCCCUGCCAUGUCCGCUAUUGCAGAUCCGAGUGCAUCAAUGACAAGUCUACUACCGCCACUUGCUACAUUGCUCCAACAGAAUCCCAAUAUGGCAUUCUUUCCCUACUGGAACUUAAACCUACAAAUGUUAGCUGCCCAACAGCAAGCCGCGGUACUAGCGCAAAUGUCACCCACUCGGCGAGAGAAAGCACUGCAGCAACUACAAAAUGCUCAUUCCAAUAAAGAUACGUACGACUCGACUCAAGACGAAGAGGAAGAAGACGAUAUAGAGGAUGAAGUUGACCGCAGAUCAACAGACUCAGCAAUGGAUCUCUCACAAGGUUCUCCUGUUAAAGAAGACCUGGAUAACCAAAAAACUCCCUUAAUCGCCGCUAAUUUAAGACUUCAAGACGAAUCUAACGAAACGCCGAUCGUUAGCACUAAUGGUGCUGCGAGACGGAAAGGUCGAGUGCUCAAGCUUGAUGCCAUUUUGCAAGUAAAGUCGACACAGCAAUCACCUGAAGAACAAAUACAGAAUACAUUCAAUCAAACAAAGAACGAUGAAACUGUAUCUGCAACCCUAUCGCCAAUGCCGAUCCCAUCCGCACCAACGACUGCUUUAGUGGAAGGUAUAUCCAAAGAUUCUGAAGCGAAUGUGGAUAACAUGGUGCCUAUCGUUAAAGAAAUCGCCGCCAGUUCGACCGCCUCGUCGUCAGGAAACAGCUCAAAUAGUUCCAGCACUUCUUCAACCGCAACCAAUAAUGGACCAGCUGGUAUGGGCACUAUGUAUGAGUGCAAAUAUUGUGAUAUUUUCUUCAAAGAUACUGUGCUAUAUACCAUUCACAUGGGCUAUCAUAGCUGCGACGAUGUUUUCAAAUGCAACAUGUGCGGCGAGAAGUGUGACGGUCCUGUCGGUCUCUUCGUUCAUAUGGCGCGAAACGCACAUUCAUAAGUCAGAUCCUGUGUUCACCUCAGUAAAUACUUUGUUGGAUGGAACUUGCAGCGCUGGCGUAAAAUUGUAAAUAAUAUUGUAAUUAUAGAUAUCAGUUAGUAAAAUGUAAAGAAUUAAGUAAUUAUAAGGAAACUAUUCCACUUAACUAAUUUAGCGUGUAGUAGUUUGCUCAAAUAUAAUUUAUUUAAA